AUGCCAGGCUCCAGCGAGCACUCCGCGCAGAGCAGUCCGCGUGGAGGCAAGCCAAAGGUGCCGCUGGAGCCCCUCACGCCGGAGGAGGCGACGUGGCAGGCCGCGGUGCUGGGCAUCUUCGCGGUUGUGUGCCUCUCCGCCGUCUUUUGGACGUGCGUGACAGCAUACGGCAAGUGGGUCGCGCUGUUCGUUGUUGCAGCAAUCGCGGCCAACGUCGUGGCGGCAGCGCCGGCAGUCCUGGGGACGUUCCGCGCAGAAGCGCUGCGCAACCUCCGGGCUGCGAUGGCCAGAGGCGACCAGCAGUCCAUCCAGACCGCCAUCCUCUGGGCACAGGCGGCCGGCGUCAGCAUCGAGGAGGCGUCGAGCUCGGAGGAGCUGCGCGCCGCCCUCCGGGGCAAGCUGCGCGCGGCCGUGGAGGCCGGCGACAGGCGGAGGGCAUCCGCGGUGGUGCGCUGCGUGCGGGCCGCGGAGGCCCGCCACGAGGGCGGCGCGCAGGGCCAACGGAAUGCGGGGCCUCGUUGCCCCGCCAGCGGACUCACGGGUUCGGCCUUGGGGGCCCCGGCGUCGGGGCCCCGGGAUUCCGUUGGCUGCCCGUCUGCCCCUGGGCCCGUCGGCGCCCCUCGCGGCGCCUGGGCCCCUGGGCCCCGCGGCGCCCGCGCCAGUCUGCGAGGGCGCGGCGGCGCGCUGCGGCGGCGCGGCCGCGGCGGGGAAGGCCGCCCCGGCCAGGCCCUGCCCGGGCCCCCCGGCGCCACGGCCUCCUCAGGGGUGCGAGGGGCCGCCGCCAGAAGGCGCCGAGGCUGCGGCGUCGUGCGGCAUCGUCCACGGGCCAGCCCACGCAGAGCCCGACGCCCUGGACCUGGAGAUCAGCAGCAGCUGGAUCGCGCUGUGAGCCCGGCGCAGCGGCGUCGAAGAGGUGUGCGCUGCGUGCAGCUACGCGCAUACCCGCUGCCAUGCAUUCGUGGUAGGUUUUUUCUGCUCUAG